CAUCUUCGACAUUGCCUGGGAAUAUGUUUCUUUGUGUAGUAGUAGUGGAUCCUGUAGCUUGUGGUAAGGCCUUCUGUGGACGGCAAUCCCGAAAUAACCUAUCGCUUAGUUGCACUCACGUUAGCCGGCAAGAUGGGUCGCUUGCCGCAACAAACACACGGGAUAGUACGGAAAGACACUGCAGAACGGAUUUGAUAUAGGAAACGGACCAGUAUUGGAGGAAAACACUAAUAUUUGCAAAUAAUGCUAUGAUGUUUGUUCGACUAUUGGUAUGCGCUGUCGCGCUUGUGUCCUUGUUAGUACUGACAGAUGCCGCUCGCGUUUGCGAGCGGAGCGGCUACUGCUCCAUCGGCAAAACAAGUGGAUAUAUAGGACCGCUAGAUACCGUAGCUCAGCUAAAGGACGCGCUGGCGGCAACAGCUUUCAAACAGGAGCUCAUUGUCUUCACCGAAACCAGGGUUCAUGAUGCAGCGCAGUUCCUGUACCGUUUCCGCAGCGCUGGGUACGAUCAUGUGCUGACAGUCAUGGAAGAGAUGUCGCAGUGCCAGCAGCUUCGGGCCGUGUUCCAGUCUGGGAUGUCUGAAGGGGGCCCUAUAAGCUGUGGCACGUACGCCACCACAGAUUCCAGCGGUGUCUCUUAUCCGUCUAAGUUUGAGUACCUUGGACGACCAGUGGGUCUCACGGCCUGGUGGCGAAAAUGGUUUACUGUGGGUCGAGCCUUGGCCCUGGGCUACAAUGUAAUAUCUGCUGACACGGACGUGCUGGUCCUCGAUGAUUGGUACUGGCGUGCAAAGCAGCCUCCCCUCAGCCAGUACAACAUGCUAUGUCAGAACGAAGUGGGAGUUGGUUUCAACAGCGGCUUUUGCUACUUUCAAAACGUGUCAUCAAAUGGGCCGAUCGUAUGGCUGGUGUUUGAGGCCAUGCACCGAGUGGUGCGCUGGGCAGAGGACGACUCUGUGUUGGUGGCCACUUCGGAUCGCUACAGGCAAAAACCCGACUUGCCGAUUACUGAGCAAUUCAUGCUUGAGGAAUGUGUGCACAGUGCUGUAGUCGGGCGGCCCAUGUUCUUCAAUCUGUUGGCAAUAUACGGCAGAGGUGUUGAGGGCGCUGAGGCUUUCAGGAAGAUGGGUACGACAAGCUUGGAGAUGUUCACCGCAAUCCAGACUUCCGUUUCUGCCGCUUGGGAGAAUUACGUGGAGCAUCCAAUUGAGGGCGAAUUGGCCGAAGCGGUCUGUGAGUACUACAUGGCACCGGUAUGCAACACCUCGGUGGCUGGCAAGGUCCUCAUGUCCGCUGCUAACCUCAAGAUGCCACACAGCGGUGGAAAUUGGCCACCACAAUUCGGCGGGUACCCCUUCAAUCGUAGCAUCGGUCCCCGCACAACUGCCUACCGCCGUGCCUACGCCGAUCUAGGCGUGCCGCUUCCCCCCGACCCGGAGGACCCAGCCACGGAGGCUGCCGCACGGGCAAUCAAGCCCGAGAGGUUCGGCUACCUGGCAGCCCACAGAAGCGGUGAGAACUGCCUGGGGUGCUGGGCCCAGAGCACCUGGUGGGCUGCUGGCCGGCACGGCUGGUGGCACACACACCUGCGACAGCAGCAGCAGGAGACCAACAACAAGAAGACAGCAGCACCAAACAAUGUGGCCCUAGGCCACAUCUGGGCGGGGCUGUUCCCAGGCGAUUCCCAAAAGGACGUGGUGCUCAUGCUGACUGGGCACUACAGCUGGCAGCUGGCGGUCAGGACCGCCAGGGGACGGAGGUACUUCACAAACCAGCACCUCCCACGCAUAUCUCCGCCCCAUGUUGCGCUGCUCCCCGAGGUUCGAAACGUGGUGGCAUUCCAGCCUGGGGUCAUACACGCCGGCAUGAGCAAGGAGCAGUUCAUCAAAGCAGCGCAGGGUCUAGCCCAAGUGGCGGUGACGCUGGGUGCAAUCGCAGCCUGGCCCGCAGUGCCCUGCGACAGUGACUGGGCUUUGAAACCCGAGGUCCGUAACACCAUUCAGCGGCCCAUCACCAAGCACUCCAUCCCCUGGAGCAGAUACCUCGACGUGUUCUUCCAAGUGCAGCCGUUCGGCGACUCCCUGGAGGAGCUGCAGUGCGAGUGGCCGGCCUUUACCAACAUAGACUGUCUGGCGAACAGACAGCCCGCGGGCAAGGAAGUGGGUCACGGCAUGCUGGCAGUGGAGUUCCACCACCUGCGGAAGAAUCACACCCACACGCACGACGACACCGCCCACCUGCUGCAUGCGGGGUCGCAGCAUGGACCUCACAGCGGCGCUAAGCGAGUGGACCCGUCUCCCGCGACUACGCUGUUGCUGGGGAACCCCGCGCCUCCGCUGGCGCCUGCUGGCAACACCGAGCGGCAACCUGUGGAGCACACGGACCUCUUGAGACUCAACGCACAGUCCAUUUUGAUGCGGCAGCAGCGGGAGAGCAUGCCAGUGUUCUGGUUGGAUCGGUUGGUUGAGGUGGUUGGAAUGCAAGGCGAGGCGGCGGAGAUCUACAACCGCUGGUACGGCAAGUGCAGAGCGCUUAGCUACUAUGACGUGCCACCGCAGGACAGAACCCUUUGGUAGUUAGUCGUUGUGUAAUUUUG